AUGCAUAUGGACCAGCAAGCGAGAAGGGCGGAAAUGAGGUCCCCAGAACCCUCUGGUAUUGCAGGUGAUCCGCAGGUCUCGUCAACAGCGAAGGUAUGCAUCCAGUCACAGCAUCUCACAUUGAGACUCAACGCGGCUCCUCGUCGCUGGAAGCGACGCCUCAUGGGAGCCCUGACGAAUCCCGCAGGCCUUGUCGACAGUGCCGGACAUCGAAGAAUCAUUCUGGAUGACAUCUCGAUCUCCUUUCAAGUGGGGACACUGACAGCUAUUCUCGGCGGAAGUGGUUCAGGGAAAUCAUCGUUGUUAAAUGUACUCGGUGACCGCGCACGCCCCAAGGAAAUGUCAGUCUCGGGUGACAUUAUAUACAUGGGUAGCCGUUCUAUCCGCUCAGUUGACAUUGCGUAUCUGGUCCAGCACGAUGUCCUUCCUGAGAACUUGACCGUCCGGGAAACAUUGGACUAUUCUGCGCAGCUCCGCCGUCCGUGGGACAACGCAGAUUCUCGGGAGUCUGUUGUUCAAAGUUUGCUGCAAAGGCUGCAUCUGACCACAUGCGCCGAUACAAGACUUGGAGGAGAACAGCGCAAGGGCUGUAGCGGUGGAGAAAGGCGAAGAACCAGUAUUGGCAUACAAUUGCUCAGUAAUGCCGAGAUCCUGCUGUGCGAUGAGCCCACCACAGGACUCGACGCAGCGACAGCCCUUCAAGUCAUAAAAGUGCUGAAGGAGCUUGCCCAAAAAGGGUUAACCGUGAUUAUAUCCAUACACGCGCCAAGGUCUGACAUGUGGCAGCUCUUUGACAAUAUCGUACUCCUCUCCCGAGGAUCUGUUUUAUACAGCGGAUUACGGGAGGACUCGAUGCCGUAUUUUCGGCGCUGUGGAUACGAAAUACCACCAUUUGUGAACCCUGCGGAAUAUAUGAUAGAGCUUGCGGCUUUGGAUACGAGAACAAGCGAGCACGAACGGGAUUCUGCUGCUCGAUUGGCCUAUCUUAGGUCAUACUGGGCUUCAAAUCCAUCUUCCCACCGGGCAGGGAAACCGCCCACUUACACAAUCUCGGAACACAGCAGGGCUUCCGAGCACAAAACGGGUCGACCACUGACCCUCUUUACAGAACUCCGUGUUUUGACUGCACGCAACACGAAAAUGUUCAUCCGUGACCCCAAAGCCCUCGCCGGGGCGUGGGGCGGGGCUCUGGCCAUGGCUGUUGUCAACGGUUGGGUUUUCAUGAAUAUGGAUAGAAGCGAAGCUGGGAUUCGGUCUCGUGAAGGGAGCUUGUGGAAUGCCACCGAACUCUACGGGUACUUGAUUCUUGUCAACGAGCUCUAUCGCAUGAACACGGAUAUCAAACUGUUCGAUCACGAGAGGCAGGAUGGCAUCACAAGCGCUUCAGGAUUCCUUCUGAGCAGGAGAGCUUCAAAGCUGCUCCUGGAGGACCUGACCAUUCCUCCUUGCUUCACAGUCAUCUACUACUUCUUCGCUGGCUAUACCCAUUCAGCCCGUCAAUUUUUCAUGUUCCUGGUGAUGAUGCUGUUGAGUCAUUUCAACGCCAUAUCCUUUGCGAGCCUCUCCACCGCGAUAUCUCGUCACUUCCUCCUUGCCGGGUUCCUGGGCAAUCUGUACUUUACGCUUCAAAUGGUGGCUGCGGGCUACUUCAUACCUUCGACCCAAAUGCCGGUCUACAUAGGCUGGCUGAGGUGGAUCACCCACACAUUCUACACAUUUGGGGCCCUUGCUGCAAACGAAUUCAUCGGCGCAGAAAAUCCCUCUGGCGUCGGCCAAUUCUACGACUGCCCUUAUUCAAACAACCCCGGUGAUCCCUCCUGCAAACAAUACACUGGUGCCUACAUUAUGGAUUCCCUGGGUCUUCCGCAUGACUGGACCUGGAAACCGGUCGUUAUCCUGUGCGCCAUUGCGUCCGUCUGCUAUAUUUGGGCUGGACUGAUACUUCAUUACAGCCCUCUUCAACCGGUUACGCGUCAUGCUGGCGAACGAGUCGAGAGGAUCGACCCACUGCAGAUGAGGCUCAGUCCGACACCAAGUCCCCAGGCGAUUACGAUCACCCUACAAAAAUAUGGACUCAAGGCGAAAGGCCAGCCAAGCAAACGUUCGCAUAUGCUCGGUCCUAUUUCCACACGAUUUCGUCCUGGCCGACUUACUGCAAUAAUGGGGGCUUCUGGGAGCGGGAAAACCACGCUUCUAUCAGCACUGUCUGGGCGAGUUCCGGCUUCAACAAAGGCGAGGUACCGGUCAACUGGGACUAUAGCGUAUAACGACACUUUCCUGUCGGAGGACAAGGUAAGACUGAUUGCAUCUCAUGUUGAUCAAGACGACGUCCACCUGAUGCCAUCCUUGACAGUGCGAGAGACCCUUCGGUUUGCUGCACGCCUCAAGCUACCAGGGUUCCUGUCCAAGGAUGAAAAGGAUGCGCGAGCUGAGGUCAUGCUUCGCAAGUUUGGUCUCAGGCACUGUGCGGAUACUCUCAUAGGGAACAGUGUGACUAAAGGGAUCAGUGGGGGGGAGAAAAGACGUGUUUCUAUCGCAUACCAGGUCCUGAGAAUGCCUGAUAUCGUGGUCUUGGAUGAACCAACCUCGGGCUUGGACAGUUUUAUUGCAUUGUCCGUGAUUGAAAUCCUGCACGACCUGGCAAAAGAGGGACGAACAGUGAUCCUAUCUAUUCACCAGCCCACCUCCCGCAUGUUACACUACUUGUCUGAUAUCUUGGUCCUCAGUACCGAAGGCCUUCCAGUCUAUGCUGGACCCACGCAGGAUAUGCUGCGAUACUUCCAGGACUUGGGCGUCGAGUGUCCUCAUACCAUGAGCCCUACAGACUUUGUGGUGGACCUCGCAACACCACAUCCAGGAGACAAUUCAAGCGAGCGGCGCGUGGAUCACCUCGUCCAGACGAUGAUGGACGAUGAGCGCCCCACGAAGGAGGUUGUUGGCGUUUUCCAAAGUACAUCAUGGUCUAAUGAUUCCGUUGCCUCGGACAGUGUCCGCCUGCCAACUGCAGUACACAACCCUUUUCGCAGGGCUUUUCUGAUAGUUUUACAAAGAGCCGCCAUUAAUCUCUCCCGCCAGCCAAUUCUGAUUCUUGCCAGGACGCUGCAGCUUCCGGGGAUGGCAAUGCUGCUAGCCUUGUUUUUCGCUCCGCUGCAAAAGGACUACCUCGCCAUCCAAUCUCGGGUCGGCUUUGUGCAGCAGUACGCCUGUGUCGGUUUCGUAGGAAUGAUCCAAAGCAUGGCGACGUAUCCGAGUGAACGGGACGUCUUCUAUCGAGAGGCAUCAGAGAAUCUGUACGGAGCGGAAAGCUUCCUGCUGCAGUACACGUUGCUCGAACUGCCACUCGAGCUGUUCUCCUGCGUGGUCUUCGCCCUGUUCACCGCGUACGUCGUAGGCCUGAACCCAACAGCCGGCCAGUUUGGGGUUUCGCUCCUGGGCGCGUUCGGCUGUCUCAGUUGCGGCGAAUCCAUCAGCAUCAUCUUCAGCACCAUGCUUUCCCACUCAGGAGCGGCCAUCAGCUUGACGUGUGCGCUGCUGGGCAUUUUCACUGUCCUAGGUGGCGUCAUCUCCUUGCAUGUUCCGACUGUUCUUCGCGCUCUCAACCAUAUCUCUCCCCCUAAGUAUGCGAUAGCCAGUAUUCUGAACUACAGCAUGACGGGUUUGAGGUUUACGUCCACGGACUCCCAGAAGAAGCCCGAUGGGUCCUGCUUGAUUGGGACCGGAGAGGAAGUGCUGCAGAUGUAUAACAUGACGGAGGAACUUCGUUGGAGCCUGAUGGGCCUGGCGCUGUGUACUCUUGGUUAUCGCCUUCUGGCUUACGUAGUGUUGAAGCUGCGAAGCUCAUGGUGGCAGAGAAAGUGGUAG